GCUAUCGGUUGUUGUUGUGAAGCUAUGAUGGCGGCAGCGGGAUGCGGAUCAGCAACCGCGGCUGCCACAGGAGGCCAAGGUGGUACUGCUGCGCCCCGUGGUCGCUUCCCCGGUCGGCCAUGGUCGUCUCGUAGCCGUUUGCGCUCUGAGAAGCGCUGGCAGCUGGGACGCUCAGGGGCAGAUGCUGAUGAUGCGACCAACGAAGGCCCACGGCCCACUAGCCUGGUACUGUCGUUAAACGAGGACCAGUCUCAUUUGCGCUUACUUGGGAUAGAGGCGAACCACAAGAGCCUUGGUCAGGCUGGAUACAGCUCAAGUGGGAGUGAAGAGGUGAGAUCCCAAAUCUCUCCCGGAGGGGAUGACUUCAAAGGAUUUGAAACUGAGAGAACAGGCUAUAAAGGACCUCUACGCUCAAGGCACAAUCCUGCUAAAGGUGAUCUUGUAAGUGGGAAAGCAAAACAAACUUGUGAGAAGCCUCUUAUUGCAGCUCCCUCUGAAGAUAGAGGCGAUGCAUCAGCAGCUCCUCAAGAAGAUGAUUUAGAAUCCUCAAAGGACAUCCACAGUUUACCUUCUCUUGAUGCAGAACUAGCUAAAGAUGGUAAAAAGUAUUCGAAAACCAAGCUCUCAACUGCAGCCAAGGUGAAGCGUUCUUCAAAAAAUGGGCCAUGCUCAACAACUCCAAGGAUUACUAUAAAAUUGGUGGCCAAAAAGACAGUCAAGAAAGAAAAGGUUGCGCAUCAGAAGCUGAAAAUUAAAGGAUUUCAAUUUCAGUCAAAAGAAAAAGAUAUCAUGGGGGACCAGAUAGCCACUGCAAAUGUCAAAUUAAAGACAGAAAUGCAGGCAGAUGAAGGACAACAUCUGAAUGGUACUGAAGACGAGGGAGGAGGAGCUACACCAGCAAGGCGACGUGGACGAUCUGCCUCCAAGAUGGCAGAACCCAGUGUUCAAAACAGAACCAAAGUUGAGGUCGACGACCAAAACACUGAGGGUAAAAGAUCAUCACGCAGAAGUGAUAUUGCACUGGACAGUGGAAAUACAGAGCCAAAAACAAACGUCAAGAAAUCCAAGCAGAAAGUAAGUAUCACAGAUGAAAGCACUGAAGUCAAUAAACUGGUUAUCAGACGGAGAAGACGGACUAGUCAUACCCUUUCUGAAGCGGAGAGAGACACGGCAAUGAAACCAGAUAAACAGAGUAGUAACAAAGUACGUCUGGCUGAGUCACUGCUAGAAGUGUCAAGAAUAGAAGAGGCUAACCCAACGCUCAGAAAGGGCAAGCAGAAAGAAAGUAAGAGGCUGCGUAAAAAUCUGAGUGUGGCAGACGUCCAUGUUCAGUUAACCACGGAGCCUGAAAAGUCAGCUCUCGAUUGCAGCGAUGGCCUGCCUUUUAAAGAUAAAGAUAUGAGAAUCCCAGGUUUGAAACUGAUACGAGUCAAAAACCCAAAAUUGAAUGAUUCUCUGAAAAAGAGCUCUUCCCGAAAGAAACGGAGCAAGUUUGUGUGGACGCUUACGUUAGUGAAGGGAAAAAGCACUAAAGUGCAGGAUUCUGGAACUACUGUCACAGUAACAGAAGGCCAGGAGCGUACCACUGAAGGUGUGAAAGCCUCUCUAUCCGACUCCAGUGUCAAGUACCCAAAGGACAAGGAAAAGAUAGAAGCCACUACCAUCGCUAUUUCUGAAAAGAUUGACCCAACACAUAGUGAUGCAAAGUCUUCCAAAAAACAGGAGGAGAUGUCGUCACUUGAAAAUAAGUCGUCUCCUCAGAGAGAAGUGGAACAAUUAACCCUGCCACAUCCACCGGAGGCCAUGCAAACUGAUUCCGGGGAAGCCAUUGUGAAAGUUGUGCCACCUCUUCAGAUAAAAAAGGUCUCCUCUCCUGGUAAACGUAAAAGCUCAAAGCCAUCAUUCUUGAUUCAGAAAGCUAGUUCUCUGCCUGAUGACAAAGAAGAAGUCACAAAAGAAAUAAGUGAAAUUCUGGAAGAGACGGUACCUUCUCCGGACCCCAAAGUCAUGGCCAAUUCCCCAGAGGAGAAAGCAGGGAAGAGAAAAUCAAACUUGGCUACCCCACGGAAGAAGCGUGGUAGUCAUAAACCAUGGACAACACAUAAACGCAAAAUAAAAUCAAGUCCAAAUUCUGAAGAUCCUUCGCACAUACCUGUUGAUGAUUCCCCUCAGGAGGACUCGCCACAGGUGGCUAAAGGUGACCUUCCACAGGUGGCUAAAGAUGACUCCCCACAGGUGGCUAAAGAUGACUCCCCACAGGUGGCUAAAGAGGAUUCUCCAGAGGAGGCUAAAGAAGAUUCUCCAGAGGAGGCUAAAGAAGAUUCUCCACAGGAAGCAACAGACGAUUCUGCCCAGGUGGCUCCUGAACACCCUUCACAGAUGCCUGCUGAGGAUGCUUCACACAGCCUUGCCAAUGAAGCAGAAUGGCAGACAGAAGAACCCACCCAAUUGCCUGUGGCCUCCAAACCCAGAAGGAGACGAACAAGCCUUUCAACAAGGAAGAGGCCUGUUCCAAGGAAGAAGGGAGCAGUUUCACCUGAACCCACUAAAACACUGGAGCCCGAAUUGGCGCCAUCUGAAGCAUUGACUUCUAACGACAGUCAGCCAGUGGUCAAAGUAGAGUCUGACACCCAGCAAAGAGAGAUUGGAAAUGUGUCAGAGCACCCUACAAUAGAACAGACUAAAUCACACCUUCACAAACGACCAUUCCAACAUGGCAAAAAGCGGAGGAGAAGCCUAAUUGGACAGAGGCAACAGAGGCAGAAGCCUAGAGAAAGAAAGAGUGAUCAAACUGACUUGACUAGUGAUGUGUCUAAAAGCGUUGAAAAGAUGGAUGAUAUCCCCACUCCAGUGACUGCUUCCACACCUACUCCUAACUCCAAACUGAUUGGAAUCCUUAAAACGAAGUAUAAAAGGAAGCAGAUUUCUGCUUCAAGUCUUCAAUUCCUUGGAUCAAAAAAGCAACGAAAGAGGGCUAGCAAAGCCCUUGAAAUUGACCUUGCCCAGCAAGCUUUGAAACAGGAAGCAGAAGACACAUCAAUUGAUGAACAGCAGUGUGAUAUCCUGGAUUCCCAGCCUGGGAAAUCAAAGUUCCUCAAGAACAUCAAACACUUCAUCAUGCCGGUUGUGAGUGCCCGGUCAUCACGGGUGAUCAAGACUCCACAGAGGUUUAUGGAUGAUGCUGGUAUGUCUGUUUUGCCUCGUCGAAACUCUCCUAAGAAAGGUCACCUGUUUGGCCUGCACCCACGGCCAGGAAGGAGAAGAGAUGAUGCCACAGGGAGUGAGCUGACUCCUGACCUCCCCGUUGAUGAGGAAGACUUUCUGACUGAGGCUCAGUUAGACCUGGAUUUGUUCUCAACUCAGGAACUAGAGGAAACCACUGAUCUGACUGACAGCUUGUCCUUAGAAAAGCAAUCUGGAAAGAGGAAAUCACUUUUGCGGAAUCCCAGUUUCAAGUGGCAUGUGCCGGGUGAGUCUGGUGAAGAGGUAUAUACACUGGACAAAACUAUCGAGAACGAGUACGAAAAUAUCCUUUUAUCCAAAGAAUUCCAAGUACCCUCCGACUCAGCAACAGAUCCUCCAACUGUUCAGAAAAAGAAACGUCCCUACAAGUUCAGCAAGCAAACUGCACAUCUCAAGAUUUACAAGAAGCUGAAAAAGUUACAUCCGGGACUUCCCAAAAGGAAAGGGAAGAAGGGGGAUGGCGUCUGCAAUACUCUGUCAUCUUCCAUUGACAUAGCAGAAGGCCUGGAUGAUGAAGUCAAGAGCAUCAGUCUCAGACAACGACACACGAGCACAGUCAAGGGCAAAUCCAAACUGAAGAUAGAAGACCUCGAUUCCCCCGGAGUCGUGCGAAAAGUGUCGGUGUGCGUCAGGACAUUAAACUCCAAGUUUUUGACGUUUCAGUACGGAGAACAGGAGGAUGUGACGAGGGGCGAGGGGAUAAAAACAGGUAAGCGGAAAGUAGGGGAGCUGUAUGGGGCUGCUGACAGUGACCUUGUGUCCGAGGAGAAAGGAGCCUCACAAAGAGUUCGGCUCACGGGUGCCAACAAGAGGAUGUUCAACCUCCUCAAGAAAGCCAAGGUUCAGCUCAUCAAAAUCGACCAGCAGAAGCAGCUCAAAUCUUCCGGGCUAUUGUCAGGCCCUGCUGGUGCUGCAUCCAGAGAUGCCACAGCAAAGAGAUGCAGGAGGAAACAGAAAGGGCAGCAUGAGCCUGCAGGCCCAGACAAGAACGAGCCCCCCCUUUCACAGCCCCAGCAUGUCUCUCCUCUCUGUCAGGAGUUCCGCAGAGCGGGAGGGCCGCGUAUUAAGCACGUGUGUCGAGCAGCAGCGGUAGUGCUGGGCCAACCCAGGGCUGUGGUGUCUGACGACAUCCCCAGACUCAGUGCUCUACCCCUGCAUGAGAGAACCGGCAUAUCCCCCUCUCCCACCCAAGGAGUUGGGUCUCCUUCUGGGCGAGAUAGCCCUCUCCUCUCAGACCAGAAGGUCACCAAGGUCAGAAAAUCUUCUGGUUUUGCCAAACGGAAGGGCCUUGGUCCAUUUGGCUAUCGCUCUCGGAGAUGUGGAGUGUGCAAGGGCUGUAACCAUGAGGACGACUGUGGCAAGUGCAUGAACUGCCUCGACAAACCUAAAUUUGGUGGUCCAAAUACCAAACGGCAGUGUUGUGUCUUCAAACGAUGCGAUCAGAUUGAGGAGAGAAAGGCUCGCCGUCUGAGUGGAAAGUUUCCCAAAGGCCCUUCUAAGCGCAGACGACUGUCUGCCAGUGGGGGUCACUCCAGUAACGAGGAAGGGGACGGGAUUGAGGGGUCCCUGUCGGGUCUCCAUGGAGACGGCCAGAGUUCGUCCGUUAGGAAGCAGCCCAAGCGCUGUGUGAAGCCGCGCUCGUACUUCGACCUGCUCGACUACGACUCGGACCUGGAAGUCAGGGCCGUGUCUAACUCCACCUCUCCUGGCAGAAGGAGGGGCCUCGGCCCACGGUUCAGUCAAGACUUUGUCUCCCUGGAUGGAUUCUUGGGCGACAUUUCAGACGAGGGAGUGAGGCACCGCAGGUCUGGGUCCCACAGAGUCCCGCCAGGACGACGCAAAGCUGAGAAGAAUCCUUUGGAGCAGACUCCUCCCAGCGUCCUGGCUGCCCUUGCCAAUGGAUUUGAUCAGAGGGACCGAGAACCGUCUGAACCGUCGCACAAGAUCCGAGUCGAUUUCAAGGAGGAUUGUACACUGGAAAAUGUGUGGACAAUGGGAGGCCUGAGUAUCCUGACAUCUGUGCCCCUCAUGCCUCCCCAUGUCUGCCUGCUGUGUGCCAGCAAGGGGCAACACGAGAUGCUGUAUUGCCAAGUGUGCUGUGAACCCUUCCACCGGUUUUGCCUGGAGCCGGCCGACCGCCCCUCCGAGGAGCACAAGGAGAACUGGUGCUGUCGCCGCUGCAGGUUUUGCCACGUGUGCGGCAAGAAAAACAAGCAGUCGAAGCCUCUGUUGGAGUGUGAAAGAUGUCAGAAUUCCUAUCACCCUGCGUGUCUGGGGCCGAACUACCCUAAAGUGAACAAAAAGCGCAAGGCCUGGGUGUGCAUGACGUGCAUCAGAUGCAAAAGCUGUGGGGUGACUCCAGGGAAGACUUGGGACACAGAAUGGGACCACGAUAAAGGACUGUGUUCAGACUGCACACGGCUCCAUGAACAGGGAAACUACUGUCCGAUCUGCUUCAAAUGCUAUGAAGACAAUGACUACGACAGCCAGAUGAUGCAAUGUGGCUCGUGUAACCACUGGGUCCAUGCUAAGUGCGAGGACCUCACAGAUGACCUGUACGAGAUCCUGUCCAGCCUACCAGAGAGUGUGGUGUACUCCUGUCGGCCGUGCAGCCAAUCCCAGCCCAGCGCCUGGAGAGAGCUUCUCUACAUUGAGCUCAGGGCUGGGGUGGAGAAGGUCCUGGCCUGCCUCCUCUCCUCCACCCUCACUCAGCACCUGGUCACCUGCUCUCAGUGUGAGACCCUUAUGGACCCUGACUGUAGAGUGGAGGGACAGCCAGCUUGUGACCUCCGGGCUGUGGGCAAGAAGUUUGACCGAGGCCUCUACACCACCCUGAAAUCUUUUCACGAGGAUGUGGUCCAGGUGGUGAGGAAGAGGCUGGAGCUGGAGGAGGGGAUGCCAGAGGAGGAGAGGCCCACAGCCCUGGCCCGCUCAUACUACUUAAAACUACUGGAAGAGGUGUUCAACUGGUUUAACAGUCAGGAUCCCAAAGUGUGGGACCCACGUACCAAAGACCUUCCCAGUGGGAUGCUUCCCCAUGCUGUUGAGCCCCCCGCCAAAGAGCAUGUCUAUGCUCAGUGCUGCAAGAAGGAGGAGCAGAGAUCCCGGCCCCCCUUGGGGACCCUCCAAGGGGACAACGCGUGCCCCUUGGAGGUCAAGCAGGAAGUCGAUCCUCUUCUCACCAGCCCUCUGACCAGCGACUCAGCCAGCAGAAGCCACUACAGAACCAGCAAGGCUUUCAGGCUCAAAUUCAAAGGGAAAAGGGGACGGCUAUCCAAGGCUGACCUUGACACUGGUUGGUCCAAGGACGACGAAAGACAAUGCUCCCUGUGUCAAAAGUAUGGAGACGCUAAGCCCAAUGAGGCAGGCAGGCUGCUGUACUUGGGCCAGAACGAGUGGGCCCACGUCAACUGCUCCAUGUGGUCAGCUGAGGUGUUUGAGGAGGACAACGGCUCUCUUCUGCACGUUCACAGUGCCGUGGCGAGGGGACGAUUCAUGCGAUGUGAGCGCUGUAAUCAGACGGGUGCCACCGUGGGCUGCUGCCUCACAUCUUGUCAGAGCAACUACCACUUCAUGUGCGCUCGCUCCCGUCACUGUGUGUUCCAGGAUGACAAGAAAGUCUACUGCUACAAACACAGAAACCUCAUCAGUGGCAAGAUGAUCUCUGGUCAAGCCUUUGAAGUGAACCGCAGGGUGUAUGUGGACUUUGAGGGAAUCAGUCUCCGCAGGAAGUUCCUGACUGGACUUGAGCCAGAUUCCAUCAACUUGAUGAUUGGCUCUCUACAGAUUGAAAACCUGGGUUUGUUGACAGAGCUGUCUGCUAGCCAUGGAAAACUUUUCCCUGUUGGCUACCAGUGUUCACGCUGGUACUGGAGCACAGUUAACCCACAGCGGCGCUGCAAGUACACUUGCACUGUUAGGGAGGUCCGACCGCCGGUCCCUGAGAAACCUGUGGAGGAAAUGCCUGACCAGGGAGAAAAUCGUACCAUUGCCCACAGCCCCUGUCCUCAGUCAGAAUAUGACACCCAGGAGAUUAACAUUUCCCAGUCCCAACAAGACUCAACGCCCAGCAACUCAGCACUCUUCUCUAAACCAGAACAAGGGGCAAGGCCAAAGAUCCCCAGCCAUCCCCAGCCAAGAAGGCCAGCUGGGGGAAUGUUCCGGCCUUUACCCUCCCCAGCUGCCAAGUCCAAACCCCACCACAUACUAACUAUCAGUGAUUUGGAGGAAACUCGCAGACCGCGGCGCCACAGCCCCCACUCCCACACCCAAUCCAUCGGCCCCCGCAGCCAUGUCCCCCCCCUUCCCCUGGGCUCACCCGCCGGACCAAUCCCCCACCGCGCUGGGAAGUCCCAGCCCACCUCCCCACUGUUCCCCCUUGGUGCUACUGACAACCUGCUGACCUCUCCUUCACCCCGCCCUGUCCGAGGUCGUGUUUCUUCCUCUGGCCGAUGCCCAGGGAAUAUGAUGAGCCACUCUACCUCAGGACUGUUUCCCCAGUCCCCAUGGCAAGAAGGUGUGGGCAACUUCCCUUCCUCCAGCCUGUCCCUCUCCCCAACCCCUCAGCACUCCCCGCGGCCCCGGCUGACCUUUGACCUGAGUCAAGCAGACUCGGUGGAGGUACCUCACAACUUCCUUGCUUCCCCAGAACCUGAGGAUGUUUCUGCAGCAAAUGGUACUUCUCCUCUUAGAGACUCAGCAGGACAGCAGAAAGGAGAAUUCUCCUACCCUCCGUUCCAUGAGCACUCAGAAAUUGCCAUGGGGUCUGAGAUGAAGACAGAGCUGGAGAUAGAGGAGACGUUAUUAAACGAGGGAGUGGCCAUGAACUGUGGAGGCCAGAUAGUGGUUGAGGGAGAUGAAAACCAGGAGGAGUUCUGGGGCCGGGCGCUAGAUGUACGCAGGAGGAAGACGCGUGUCGCGUCCCUUCCACGGGCAGCAGCUGCGGCCAGGCAGGGCUGGGAUAACAGUUCCUCUGACGAAGACAUGGAGCACUACUUUGACUUCUCCCGCACGGUAGUCUCUCGUCCUGUCCCCAGGGACCAAGCCCAGGCCCCCACUUCCCCCUCUUCCAGGCACAUCCCCCAGUUGGACGGUGUAGACGAUGGGACAGAGAGCGAUGCCAGCCUGACCACCACUGAUGGGGCUAAGAAGUUGAAGAAUGCUAGUCAAGCUCCGAAUCCUGCCCAAAGUCGAGACUUGCCACCUGGAUUAGAAACGACAAGGAAUGGGUUGAGUGCAGACUCUGGAAGUCCUGCCUCGGAUGCUCCAUCCCUUGACACGUUGUCCUCAUCCGGAGCUGCCGUCUCCUCCGCUCAACCUACCCCUCACAGUUUGUCCCGGGAUCCUUCUGAAGCCACUGAUGGAGUGUCUCCAAUUUCCCUGCAGUUGAACGAUCCCACAGCUCCACAAGAACGGCAGAAAUAUGGCCCCCCUGUGAAAGCACAGAUGUGUCCACUGGAAACAGUGCUAACUGUGCCCCUUCAUGGAGCUCUGUCCGAGUUUGUCAGCACCAAACGGCCUCUGACUACCUACCCAGAGGAUUUAUUCCAGGAUGCCAGUUUAGACUUGCCGUCCGGAGCACCUCUUGUCUUGGAAAAGUGUGAUCCUCCUUCCCCCAGUGCCUGUUUUACUGAGUUGGUCCCCGUUCAGGAGGGCACUCCAGUGGAUACCCAGCAGGAGGCUCAUCAAGUCCCCAAACACCCCUUUUUAGAUUCGGACAGUGGCCAUUUUGUCUCGCCCACUGAUGGAUCUGCCAUCUUCAUGAACCACUUAGCAGACCCCUCAUUGACGGAACCAGAGAACAGUAGUCAGGGAUCUCUGUUGGAUCUCCUUCAGCCUUCGUCUUUGAUGUCCACAGAUUUCCCUAACCCCAGUCAAGCCCCUGCCGAUCACUUGCAGAUGAGUUCCUCGGUGUCCUCUUUGUCUGGCUUCACCCAUGCACCUCUCGCUAACCUUUCCCUGCAGACUGUGACACCCAUCCAAGGCUCCAGAGUCCUGCCGUCCAUGGACAGCUUUUGCACCAAAUUGUCAGAUGCAACGAAACCCAUUCAAGGUGGAGGCAUUAUACCGAUGCCCUUGAAUGCUCCUCAGUCCGAUCCACUGUUGUCUGCGACUUCCAGCACCAAUCUCCCCAUGGGAUCUUACGGAUCCGUCUCAGUGCCUAUGUUCUCUGCUCAAUCCCAGCCCCUCGCAUCCACAGGGAUCACCAUUGUAACAACCUCUCCCUCCAUAUCCUCCUUCUCUGACGGCUUGUCCACCUUGUGUCAGCCCAUGAUCUCUUCGCUUCAGACCCCAUUGGCCCCAGUCAUGAUCAAUGGCUACAGUUCCUCGUCUUUGCAAAAGGAACCCUCCACAGGACACACUAUCUCCAUCAACUUUUCCACCCCCAGACCAGCUAUGGAGCCCCAACAGCCCAUGCUCCCCCAGGCUCUUCCUGGCCAUGCCAUCCUGACUGUGAAGGAGGUAGGGGGUCCCAAUGUUGACCCCACACCUCACGUUUUGCUGGUGAACCGCCUUGGUCAGAUCUUUGUGAAGAACCCGGAAAGCAACACUUUCCAGCUGCCCACUACUAGCUCACCCUCCUACAACUGUGUCACGCAGAUAGCCAGUCUCCUCCAAAGCAAUGCCCUUUCAGCCACACUGGCAGCAGCUGGUACCAUGACCACCCCAUCUCCAGGGGCACCCUUGACCACCAAUCUCUCUCGGAUGGUAACCCCAGUGGUUCAGAGUCCAGCCACCAUCACUCAGCUUCUCAGCCACAACAGCAAUGGAGCGGGGGCACCAACGAAGGUCAAGAAGGCGAGGAAAAGCGCAAAACCGUCCGCAGAUGGCUCUGUACCCGGGAUUAAGAAACCAAGGAAAAAGAAGGAACAGUCGACUUUCAAGAGAUCGAAGUUGACCAAGGCCCCAGAGCUGGAUUCUCCCAUGACUCCGGCUGAGAGCGCCCAAGCCAUCAUCAACCAGGCCAUGGCCAGCAACUACACCCCCAAACGCAGUGGGCCUCGAAUACUGAGCCCUUCCUCCAUCCUCCCCACUGGCCUUUUUGUUGAACCUGAGCCCUCAGCCUCAUCACCAGCUCCAAAACCACGCCCUCGCUCCCAUGUUCGCAUGAAGAGGGUGUCCUGCCUCUCAGACCGCAUCGUCACUAAAAAGUCGAAGACUGACUUUCUUGAGCCAGAGCCCUCCAGUGGACAGGAGGAGCUCCAGAAGGCAAGCUUUGCCAUGUCUAGCCGAGCGGGAGGGGUUCGCAUCAAAGCCCCAACAGUGAAAGGAAUAUUGGAUUUGGAUAAGCUGAAAGAAGAGCACCUCAGCGACUCUGAAAGCUCUAGGCCUGGGCUUUGGGACCGCCUCUCCCUAUCUCGAGGUGGGAGUGAACCUGGAAAACCACAGACAUGGGAUGCAGUGGGUCGGAAUGCCCUGACCGAUUGGAACAAAUACUCAGGUGCUGUUUCAUGCUCAGAUGAUGACUUGCCGCCCUCGGACGAGGAAGAUUGCCCUAACCCUAACUCCAGGGACCAGCCCCACCUGCUCUUCCAGAUCACCAGUGAUGAUGGCUUCAAUGUGGAAGCGGACAGCAUAGAGGUGGCAUGGAAGGCGGUGAUGGAUGGGGUCCAGGAGGCGCGGGCACAGGCCAAGCUGAGACAGCUGUCUUUCUCCGGGAUGAGCGGGGGCCGUAUGCUGGGCCUGGUCCACGAUGCUGUGGUCUUCCUGGUGGAACAGCUCCAGGGGGCCCGGCGCUGCCUGCGCCACACCUUCCGCUUCCACAAGCAGAUCACCCAGGAGGAGGACCUGCCUGUCAACCCCAGCGGCUGUGCCCGCUCCGAGCUCUACCUCAGAAAAUCCACCUUUGACAUGUUCAACUUCCUGGCGUCUCAGCACAGACAGCUGCCAGACAUCGGACCGUACGACGAAGAGGAGGAUGAAGUUCCUCUCAAGUCCACCAGACGUGCCACCAGUCUGGAGCUACCGAUGGCCAUGCGCUUCAGACAUUUGGAGAGGACUUCUAAAGAGGCUGUGGGCGUGUACAGGUCGGCUAUCCACGGCAGAGGUCUGUUCUGCAAGAGGAACAUCGAUGCAGGGGAGAUGGUUAUCGAGUAUGCUGGCAUCGUCAUUCGCUCCGUUCUCACUGACAAGAGAGAGAAGUACUACGACGGCAAGGGCAUCGGCUGCUACAUGUUCCGUAUCGAUGACUUCGAUGUGGUGGACGCCACCAUGCACGGCAACGCGGCGCGGUUCAUCAACCACUCGUGCGAGCCCAACUGCUACUCCCGCGUCAUCAACGUGGAGGGCCAGAAGCACAUCGUCAUCUUCGCGCUGAGGAAGAUCUACCGGGGCGAGGAGCUCACGUACGACUACAAGUUCCCCAUCGAGGACGCCAGCAGCAAGCUGAACUGUAACUGCGGAGCUCGGAGAUGUCGCCGAUUCCUUAACUAGGGGAAGAGAGGAGAACAGGGGGGACCCAGAUUACUGGCGGAGCCUUAAAUUAAGGCUUUGCUGGAUUGGGAGGUGGGAGAGGAUGGGCUCCUGAUGGGUUGGACUGGGCAGGGGAUGUAGGUUGAGCCACUAUUGAUGAAUCCGGGGGAGACAAAGUCAAGAACAGAUGGGGAAAGAUGAGGAAGACCAGUUAAAUAAGUCCUGUUUGUUCUCGGUUCAUGUGGGCUUUGAGUCCACUGCAGCAAGUCAGCAAGAUUAGCUUGCUUGCUACCUAUAUAGUGGGAGUGUUUCCUCAAACAGGAUGCAUCUGCUUGUGGUCGUGCUGAUUGUCAUAUACCACCAACUAAGUUUUUUUUAUUUUUUUUUACGUCAAAGGAAUAACCUGCUAGGCUUGGAGAUCGUUAUGUAAUGUAUAUUAUUUCUGGGAUGUCUGUUGGUUUCACCACAAUAAUGUUGGCUCCAUUUUCCUUUACUAGAUUAUUCAAUACCUCUGCCAUAUUUCACUUUCUCAACUAUAUCAGAGUUAUUCAUUAUUUAUUUGGGAUAAUACAUCACACUUCCCAUUGUAGAUAUGUUCUUUCUUUGGUUAUAUAUUGUUUUUGUAAUCAGCAAACCAUGGUGCUAAGAUGUGACAGUUGAGUCUCUAAGGCCCUGAACGCUUGGCCUGUGAAUCACAAAUCAUGUUUCUGCAGCAGUGGUUUCCCUAUCUCACUAAAAGAGAAAUGUAUAUCCAGGUUGACGGUUAAAACCAGCCAUGUCAUAUUUGAAGACAAAUCAUGUCUUUAUUCCACAUCAUAAUUACACCUUCAUUGUACAGUGUAUGUAGCAAACACUAACCAAGCCAAGAGUUCAGAGUUUAGCUGUAAAUCUGUCUUUUUUUAUUUUGAAAUAUAUAUAUAUAUGCGUGUAUAUAAAUAUAUAUAUUUUUAUUACCAUCAUGGCAAAUGCUGAUUAUCUUUUGCAAUAAUAUUACGUCUUGGCUAUGCUACACUUGCACAUCUUUAGUGUUCUAACAAAAUCCAAAUUCAAUACUCUGCAUUCUCUCAAAUGACCCCUGCAGUCUUUAGGGGUAGAGCACUGUAAAGCAUCAUCACUGAGAGUGUGUGCAUUUAACUCCAUUGACCAGAAUCCACAAACAACAGACUGAGAGCUAUUUAGUGCACCUGAGACUAAAGCCCAACGGUAGCCCAGUGCUGUACAUUGCUCUGUAGGAUGGCUAGACAGACGACUGCCUCUAGUACUCAGAUGGAGAGAAUGCUCUUGGCACCUUUUAUAUAACGUUUUAGAUUGCUGUUGUACAACGUGCUGCCAGUCAGUCAGGAAAAUAUAAUCAACACACUGUUGUACACAUCGACUAUAAGAGAUUGCUUGAGCUCUAGAAUAGUUGUAUUUAUUCGUGUUUCUGAGUUUGGACUGGUGAACUAAACAUUUUUUUGUGCUUUGUAAAACGUGGUGGUGGUCUUGUCAAAUCUUUCUCUUUUCAUGUUCCGUUUACACCCAUUUUGCAUGGUCUUGUCGACCUGCAACUCUGCUGGUUGGUAGUUUCCAACACAUAGCUACCGUGGUGGUUGUGGUUCAGGCCGCCUAAGCAUAGUCUAGCCAAGAUCAGAAUGCUCUGUGGCGUGUUUUUGUUGGUUUUUUUUACAUUUGACCUUAUUUUCCCAUUUUUUCUUUGCUCUUUUACUUGAACGUUCGUUUGGGGACAGUUAUAUAUUGCAUUUCAGCCUUUACAAGAGACGUUCUAAAGCAGGUCUUUUUAAAUUUUAUUUCAAUUUUAUGUUUUACGUUCUGGUAAUGUUUUCAUUGAGAGAAUACCUUUGUAUCACUCACAGGGGAAAUCUGUGUGGCCUGCCCAUCCAAGCCUAUGCUCUUCUAUCCGUAGAUGCUCCAAGAACCGUCUAAUACAGAGCAAAUGUCCUCAAGGAAUCCUCUGGAAAGGAGUUGGGAGGUCAAGGACAGCCUUGACAUCCUGCCUUCCUGCAUGACCAAUAACAGGGAUGGAGCUCACAUUAUUGCGUGUCAAUCAUCUAACUGAAAAUACCAGAGCAGUCACUCCAAACUUCUUGCAAGGAUUCUACCUCAGUUGCUUAGACAGAUGUUAAGGAAUACUAAUGCAAAAAAGAGGAUGAUGAUGAUCUAGAGUAUGCGUGGCUUGGUUUUAAAUGCCCUGCAGAGCUGUCCUGUGUGUGCAAUGAAGGAGGCAAAGCACUAGUCAAAGUCAAGUUACCACAACCAUCUCUCCCAGAACUUGUUCAGAAAGCUGUAUGUUCUAUAUGGUAGGGUUAUUUUAAAGUAUAAAAACUGUAAAAGACAUAAAAAUGAGAAAAUAUGUGUGAACUUGUCUUUGUUACCUU